AUGGACCCUGCUAUGUGGACCCCACUCGAGCCGUUCAUUGACCCGCGCGAUGUACUCGCUCACCACCAUCAGAAGCUACAAGAUCUUCCUCGCCUGGCGCCUCGCUUUUUCGUGCCAGUACUCGAGAACAAACCGCAAAACCCGAUCAUGGAAAGCUUGAAGCUCGAAGCAGCCAACACCUCUCUUCCCAAGCGCCCGUUUUGCCCUCCGAAGCUGCCCGAAGAGCUUGCAGUUCUUGCGUUUGACGCAGUAGAGCCUCGUCGUCGUAACCCAGAAGAUGUCCAGAGGAGUAUCCAACAACUUUGGAUGGAGGCCGCUACUCGAAAGCUCGGUGUCAGAAGCGGCAUGCUUUCAUGGGAUAGACUGCGCCGAACUCAUACUGAUAAAGCCGUCCCGACAGUCUUUCUUUCUGAGCAAGAGGGUCUCGUGUAUAGUUCUGCUCGAUAUCAUGUUCAGCCCCGCCUCUACAAUAGCAUGGACAGUAUCCUGUCCGUCAACCAAAGGGAGCUCCUGUUGUCCCUGAAAUCGACUGUUCUAGGGAUGUCGUCACAAUUCUAUGUCUGGGAUUCAGUAAGCGAGAGAUUUACGCAAGUUGGCACGCUGGAAAACAGAAAGAGAGGGGUUUUGCUUCUCGAUGGGAAGGAUGAUGCUAUCAGCGCAAGCAUAAUAUCCCGUUUCUUAACGGUAGGAACUUUGAUACGCCGUUUGGAGCUCUUGUUGUCUUCGCUGCGAACGAGAUCCGCAAGAGAAGGUCCCACUAUUCACGCACUGGCCCAUUCGCUGUCGACAACUCUAAACUUCAUUCGCGAAAUUCUUUCAAGUUGCCCGCCGACAGCAGACGAGAUUGCAUCUGCGACCGAUAUGCUGCCGCUAUCUGCCAUCUGGGCUCAUUAUGCCACCCACGAGGAGCUGUUGGUCGCAUUGGCUGAGGUUUACGGAAGGGAUCACGGGCGGCGUCCAGACGAGUAUGAUAUACUCGAAUCCUCGUCCGUGCCCCUUCUUUCGAGGAUCUUCGAUCACCUUGAACGGCAUUUUGAGCGGCAGUCGCCACCUAUCAUACGCGCAACCAUCGCCUUUAUCCUCAAAAACGCAUCUCAUGGUUACAUCCAACAAGUAGCUCAUUCGAUCGGAUUUGGUGGUCAGCCUUCGUACAAGCCGGUCAAGAAGGAACGAAAAGAUCAGUAUGAACUCGAAGAAGAGGAAGAAGAGGAAGAGGACAUCUUCGAUCUCCUCGACACAAUUGAGACCUCAUUUCCUUCCUUCUUUCCGCUGAAGCUCCUGCAAGCACUUCCGGCCGCUCAAAAAUCGUUGAUCCUGUUCCGGGUUGCCCAGCCUGAUCAUCCACUACUAACAUCGCCUACCACCAAGGCGUCUUUUCGGUGGCUUUGGACUGCAGAAGAGAUAUGGGCUGCUUGGAAUGGCAACAAAUUUCCCGAGGGGUCUCCAGCCCCCUCCUUCGCUGCCCCUUCUCUGCCACCGUCGGCAGUCCCUGAAUUGUCGAUCUUCAAGCUCUUCGAUUUAGAGCCGGGCAUCCAGACUAUUGACGUCCAAGAUAGUUCAUCGACUGUCCUUCGCGAAUUUGUCGACAAGUUCUCCUCGUCCCUGCCACUCAUUACACCCACACUCGCAGAGCUUGCAUCUCUGACGUUCAACGACCUCAUGCAACAUGCGUCCACCCUCUCCUCCACCCUGUUGUCUCUUUUCAUCGACUCGCCCGGCAAGCUCAAUUUCCGAUCCCACCUUAUUCUCCUACGCUCGUACCUCCUGCUCGCGGCCCCUUCGUUCAAGUCUCGCCUCCUCAAUGCUCUCUUCUCCGAUGAAGGUGAAUACGAGGUCGACAUCACCCCGCAUUCGAUGUCCCUCCGUUCGUUGAGACGACGCCCUGGCAAGAAGCCCAAAGAAAAAGAGGGCAAGCAGCCUUGGGCCGUCGGCCUUUCGCCCAAUCUCCUCGAGCGCGAAACGUGGCCGCCUGUUGGAGCGGAUCUGAGCUUCUUUCUGCGGACGGUUAUUGUCGAUUCGCUAGACCAGGGAAAGGAGACGGAGGAUGGAACGUUUGAGAGAGAGGAUGUGGUCGAAGAGGCGGAGUGGAGGCUGGGCUUUGCGAUCCGUGAUCUGCCAACUGGAGCUGGAAAAGAUAAGUGGUUGGAUCCUCUUUCCAUCGAAGCUCUCGACUUCCUCUACAUGGAUUACAAGCCCCCUCACCCUUUGGAGAUCCUGAUUUCUCCAGAAAUCCUGGCGAAGUACCAACGGAUGUUUACCUUCCUCCUUAGGCUUCAGCGAGUUGAAUGCGCUCUCAAGUCCCUCUUCCGAAUGUCAACCCAUCGCGCAAUUGCCAAGUUUCUCUUUCCAACUCUGUCGCCCUCUCGCAAGCUCCUGCUGCAUUUCCGUUUCGUCGCCCAGGCUUUCGUCUCCAGUCUCUCAGGCUACGUCUUCGACACAGCAAUUGGCGGCAAUUUUGAUCCUUUCCUGGCUCGGUUGUCUGCCGACCUUUCCUCCACAUCGAGUUCGGAUCCGAAUGUCCGCGACGACGGCUUCUCGGACGUUUUUGAGCUCGCGCAAUGCCAUUCGGCCCUGUUGGACGACAUACUCAGCGCAUGCUUGUUGAGGUCUGGACAACGGGGUGUUGGAGACCUCCUUCGCCAUGCUCUUGAAUUGGUGUUGGAAUUUACGAUUGUCGUGGGCGAGCUGCAUCGCGGUAGAAUCAAGGAAUAUCAAGCUGCACCGCUCAUUGAAGAGCUUUUCAGCAAGUUUGGUACGAAGAUGACAACCCUGACAAAGGUACUCAAGGGCCUCGUCGACAAGAGUCCUUCCUCUUCAAAACUAUCGUUGGAAGCAUACGCUGGCGGCCGGCGACGAUCUACUGGUGGCCUCGAUGCUCUCUACCACUUGCUCAUCCGUAUCGACCUCACCGAUUGGUGGAGUAAAUCGCCCAAAACAGCCUGA